AGGAUUAAUAAAGUGUUGUGAGCACAGAAAGGGAGAACCAUCAGAGCAGAGAGAAGCUGUGGACAUUCACAAGAUUGACACCAGAGUGUAUGAAGAGGAUUAAUAAAGUGUUGAGAGCACAGAAAGGGAGAACCAUCAGAGCAGAGUGAAGCUGUUGGACAUUCACAAGAUGGUGAAGAUGCAGUGGAGUCUGUUUGUGUUCAUUGUGAUGGGUCAGUGUUCCUCCAUUGGGAGUCAGCUUUGUGACUACUACUUCAUUAAAAAGAAUAUGACCUGGAAUGGAGCCCAGGAGUAUUGCAUAAAGCACUACACUGACCUGGCCACAGUUUCUAACCAGACAGACAUGCAGAGACUCCUUAACUCCACAACUGAACAGUAUCGAGCCGGAGCCUGGAUUGGGCUGCAAGAAAACACAACAAACACCGUGUGGCGCUGGUCUCAGCCAGGGGUGGAGUUCAACGAGAGUAAAUGGUCCCCACGACAGCCGAAUAAUUUAGGCAAUCGUGAGAACUGUGUGAGGAUGAAGAAUGACACAUGGGAUGACAACUCUUGUACUACAAAAUAUAACUUUAUCUGCUAUGACGAAAACAAGAAAUCUGGCAAAACAUUUUAUAUCAGUCACCAGAAGAUGAACUGGACAGAUGCUCAGAGGUUCUGCAAAGAAAAAUACACUGAUCUGAUCAGUGGAGUCAAACAGCUAGAAGACUUCAAGACACAGCGCCAAAAUGAAGCUUUCUGGAUCGGCCUGUUCAGAAUCUCUGACUGGAGUUGGUCAGAUGGGAGCAGUUUCCCUUUCAGAUCCUGGGAUGAUGAUAAACAAGAUCCAGAUUCUAACAAGACAUGUGCUAUGACUACGUCAAAUGGAAAUUGGAGCUCCGAUGACUGUAAUAAAACCAAACCCUUCUUCUGCUACAAUGAUUCAGUGAUCCUGAUCAACCAGAGCAUGAUCUGGGAGGACGCGUUAUACUACUGCAGAGAUCAUUAUCGCGACCUUGUCUCCAUCACCAACCUGGACGAGCAGCGCUGGGUCCAGGAGAGAGCCAAGAUGGCCUCCACUCCCUACGUGUGGCUGGGACUGCGCUACACCUGCACUCUGGACUUCUGGUUCUGGGUCAGUGACGAGACGGUCCACUACAAGAACUGGGGGCCCGGCGAGCCUGGGGACGACUGCAACAUGUCUGGAGCCAUGGACCGAGAGGGAACUUGGGUCAAACUGAUCGACGAUGACAACCAGCUUAACUUCAUCUGUUCCAAGAACAAACCACCAAAAAUGUAA